ACACCAGACGUGCUGCCUCAGCUCCACCUUCACUGGCUGCUUGAUGAUGGUGUCCGGGCUGUGCACAGGGAGGGCAUGGGGGAGACCAGUGACUACUUCAGGGAGCUGGAGGAUGUCACCCAGGGGUUGAGUCAAGUUUUCAGUGCUGGGGUCUCUCUGGAGAGCUGCAUCACUGCCUUGGCUCAGCAUAUGAAGUUUGUUCCUAAGACCCCUCCUGAUGCUGUGAUGUGCUCCUCUCCCCAUCCUGAUCAGUGUGCUGCUCAGGCAGCUCCCCAGAGCCUGACUGCUUCAGGCUCACCUGCUGCCUUUCUGUUCUGCCAGGAAAACCUGGAGGAUGAUAGCAAGGAGGAGAUUUACCAAAGGACUGAAGAAAGCAUCAGGUGGUCUUUGAGUGAUACUUGCAUGGAGCCUGCUGCCAGGCUGUGCCUGAGUGAGCUGGCAGGGGUUCAGAAGUCAAAGCAGCUGAUAGGCAUCAAGGAGGAUGCAUUCUGCAAACAGAUCUUGGAGGAUUCCCACAGAGUGGGCAUCCUCCAGGAAGACCCAAGCAGCUGCACUUGCCACUUCAACCAGACCUUCCAGCUGGAUGCCUAUCAGGCUGGGCGAGAUGGUGCUGAUGGCCUCUUGGAGGUCCUGAAGAGCUCCUGGAACAAGUCGGAUAAAUCCCUUGUGGUGUCUUGCCUCGUGGCAGAGAUCAGCUGGCUGCUUACCCACUGCAGUAGAGAGGAGUUUGAGCGCAGGCAUAGGGCCUUCCAGGAGCUGACUGACAGCUGGAUUGGGCCCUAUAUUGAGCUGAUGCUCUAG